AUUCAAGGAUCAAGAAUUUUGCCUCUCGGCCAACUAGACAGUUGAAAUGAAGUGUACUGAUUAAUCACAUGUUAUUGUUGACAGUUUAGCAAUGAGUUCUUGUAUUUUGUUUACAUUUUUGUUUUACAGAUUUGUUUCUGUGGUUAUUUCAUUAAACGUUUUAAUUAAAUCAUAAAGAAUGACAUAAUCUUUUCUCUAAGAUAUAAAAAAUAUAUUCAUAAUGGCUCUCGAAACUUUACUAGUAAAACAAUUUCAAAACAAAUUUGAAGGAACUAGAAAUGUUAUUGCAACUUCGGAUUUAAAGCUCUUAUGUAUCCACAACAAUCGAGGCGAUCUUUUAAUAUUUCUUGUAAAUUUUUCCUCUUCUCAGCUGUUACUGAAAAACAUAAAGGAGUUUUCCUGGCAAGAGGACAACUACUGUCAAAAUAAUUAUCAUUUGCUUGUGGUCAAUGAAAACAAUGAGAUACUUUACUAUUCAGUAAAAGUAGAAACUUGUGGAAUUCAACAUCUAGUUGAAAGUAAACUGGCAACAUGGACAGUGGACAAUAUUUUUAGAUAUUUUGGAGAACUUGCUAAAUGCUUGGAAAAAUUAUCCUCAGUUAAAAUACUUAAAUUUGAGGCCAGAGAAGCUGUUUGUCUAUUUAACCAAUGUAUUGUUGCUGCUUUUUUCCCAUCAUGUGAAGAAAAUCCUCAAAUUAUGUCCAUUUCUGACUUACGCUAUGAUAGUCCAUCAUAUAGAAAAGUUUUAAUCUCCAAGGAAAUAUUAUUUGCUCUAAACGAUGAGGGAACAAAACUAUCUAUCCAUUCAUUUGCUAAUAAUACCAAAUUGUUUGAUAUUGAAUUUAUUGAUGGUCACAUGAAGCAAAGUGAAAUAGGAAGUGUCGUAAAUUAUACUGUAAAUCUGAAAUUAGAUUUAUUAGUUUAUGUUACUGAAAAACAACAAGUCUAUAUUAUGCCACUAAAUGUAUCAAAGUUUUUUCCCAAUUCUGCUCACCCACAAGGAAAUAGUUCAAUUACAGCUUUUACCAAACAAUUUCCUUCUGUGAAGAGAUUAAAUGAAAAAAUGAGACGUUUUUCUACAUCUUCAACAUCUUCCUUACCUGUUAGUUUUAACUGCGAAUUGGAUGAUUUUGUUUUAAAGGAGUUGAUUGUUGUAGAAAACAAAAUAUUUUUCUUACAAAAUAACAGCAGUGAGUCUUUAGUUGGUGUUCAUCUGCUUAAUUCAGAUCAGUCUUCAUUACAUAAGAGGUUUUCAGAUCCAGUUUAUUUUAUCAAGAAUGGCUCUGAAGAAACUCCAUUUCCUUUACUACUGUUAUCUGAGGAUAAGAUGUUUCUUCUUCUGUAUGAUGUUGAGCAAGACAAGUUAGUUAAUGAACUGAUGAUUUAUCCGAGUAGCGAAACUGUUGAGACAUUGUCGUCUUUAAAUAAUUGGGUGAAUAUGCACAUGGAUAUAGAAGUUUUAAAGUUAGGCUUAAGCAACAGGCAACUAUACACAGUUGAAUUCUUCCUCAAAACACUUUAUGAAGGUUUUUGUCAGUUGUGUAAUUCAUCAAAAUCUUUACAAUGGUUAAAAAAGAUGGAUCAAGAAUGCCUUUUAUGGACUAAAAUUCUUGAUCUAGUAUUAGAAAAUGUUUAUAAAAAUCUUGAUGAUAGUCAUUCAUGUCAAUAUGCUGAACAACUUUUACAAGUCAUAAUAGGAAUGGUAACACAGAUAUUGGCAGAAGUUGAAGAUAAAGUUCAAAUUGAUGAACAUGUCACAUUAAAUGUUAAAGAAGCAUUUUUGAAGACAUUUUCUGAACUACUCUUGAAAAUGCGGAAGCUGUUACGUGAAUUCAAUUCAAAUAGUGAUGAUACAUCUGAAUUGGAAGAAUCUUCAGUGAUACAUCAUACUUAUGAUGAGCAAAUUCAACUACAGUGGAAACAGUGGGAGAAGUUGGAUCUUAAGGAAGUUAUUCAGGAUUCCAUUCUAAGAGGAAUGAUCCCAAUGGCACAAUCGUAUUUCUCUUGUUGCUGUAAGGAAAACUGCAGUUUCUCUUAUGUGGAAUUUGAAAAUGUUGCUAAAGAGUUAGUUCUAGAUUAUUUGCGCCAAGGGAAGCUUGAUGAAACCAUUGUGAUUUUGGUUAACAUGGGGGCAAAUAUCAAUCAGCGUCUGCUAGACAUAUUCAAGGCAACAUCUGAAAAAGAUGUUAGGGCUUUACUUGUUACGGAGCUAAUGAGUAGAAAUUUACUGACAGAUCAAGAUUUAGAAUCGCUGAGAUUUGUUUCUCUUUUGGAAAAGCUUUAUUCAUGCUCUUCCUUUGAACAUGCUCGCAUUUUAUUAGAAGAAAAAAGUGCACUUAUUAAAGACAUGAUUUGUGCUGUACCAGAAAAUAAUGAACGAUUAUUAGUUGGUGACUUUAAGAACUUUAUUCAAGAUAAUAGCGAAACUGGUGCUUAUUGUCGCUUAGUUAUAGAUUGGCUUAAAGUUUGGGAUAAUGAAAUUAAAGGCAGAAUCUUAGCUCCUUUGUAUUUAACAAAUUCAAGCAAUUUGGAAUCGAUCCUUAAAACAGAUGGCUUUUGGGAAGCUGAUAAAAUGUCCAUAUGGUUUUAUUUACUUGAGAAUGGCAAUCUUCCUUAUCUCAUGAAUUGGAUAGACAUUUGGUUAGGUAUCCAUCCUCAAAGUACUGAUAGUUUUUCUCUCUUUGAUAAAUGGCCGUUGACAAAAGAUAUGAUCGAUGCUAUUCCUGUCAAAGCUACAAAACACGUGUCAGAAACACUUUUAAAUAUUUUAGCGAGGCAUGGAAUAUUUUGUGAAGAAGAACAAGAAAAUAUCACCUUAUUUCUAACACGCGUUGGAAGAGCUCAAUGCAAUAUAAAUGAUUUGUCUAUAUUUUCUUCUGACAAAGCUACUAUAACUUUCUCAGAGCUAUGUCAUCGCCUUGUGCAUUACUUUUUGAAGCAUAAUUUGAUUCAUUUUCUCUACACUUUUAUAGAUGAAAAUUAUGGCAAAUUUACUACUUGGCCUUCUUGUCCACUCUGCCUUGUUCCCGUUUUUCAUUUAACUGUGGCUUUUUAUAAAUGGUCACAAAAUCAUAAUGAUGUUCAUUUGGCUUACGAGGCUGUUUCUGAGACAGCUUCUUAUUUGUUUAACUUAUCCCAAUCAUCUCCUUCUGAACUAUUGGUGAAAGUUCCAUUGCCAUUGGCUGUCUCAAUUUUGCUUUUUAAGCCUCAAUCUCUGAAGGAAUCUAUUGAUGAAAUUAUGCAAAGUUCUGAAGAGACAAUCGCAUCUGUGAGAACAAGCUUUCAAAAUUACCCUCUUCUAUACAAUUAUUUAUUCAAAACAGAUGAAGAAAGAUCUCAGCCUGAUGUGACUGUUUAUGAAUUAUUGAAGGAUAAUACUGUGUUUGAUACAUCUCAGUUGUUCGGAUGGCAAUCAGCUAACAGCUUAAAAUCUGAAG